UGCAGACGCAAGUGAAGCUGCUCAAAAGUCGAAGUAUCUGGAGGCCCUGAUUUGCUUGUAGGUACAAGAAACAAUACGCUCCUUAGGCGGGAACCUUUUUCGUCCUUGGAACCUGACCUAACACAGCUCUCAGUGACUCCAGUAGUAGCUGCUGUGCCUGAUAACGCACCCCAAAUUAAAUCCUGUUAUUCCCCGAGGCUGUUCCUCUCGAAAUCUCGGUUGCUUGAUGGCGGAUAACUUCGAUGUUAAUUUUCUCCCUACCACACUUUAUGUUCCUUGCAGUCCCUCGUUCUCAAGAUAUAUCGACUCCGAAAUGCUGAAAUUGAGUGGGUCCCUUGGCCACUUUGAUAAACAGCGAUGUGAUGUCCGGCUACUUAAUUCCAUCUUCAUCCGUUUUCACAACCAACUGCGCCACUUCAAGUUCUUCAAAUCUUUCUGCUAUUUUCGUCGGACUUUGAAUCAUUUGUUUGAUGGGCCACAAACAAAAGGCAUAUCACGUUAUGCCAUGUUGUUAAAUGGGAGAGAAAAUGAUUCAUUCUGCCCCAGUGUCCACUCAUAUGAUCAUGUUCUUAUCUGUCUUGUCCAAACAAAGCGCCUGUUAUCAGUUGGGCUAUCACGUGCAUGUCGCUGUUGGAGAGAUUGCAGUCUUCAUUUCGUCACCGGGCAUUUUACGAAAAUACUGUUACUUAUUAUGUCUGUCGUUUCUGUGUUGAGAUCAUUAAUCAUGGAAACGUCUUCUGUUGUUACCCAAGUCUACGCCAAUUUGUUGGACUUACGAAAACACAGUCCUUUUUCGGAUACUUGGAUGUAUGUGAAACUGCCUGAUAACAUUGCUAGUACGGAGGAUCUCACAAACAUGGAAAGUGAUAUCAAAGAGUGCGAAUAUACCCAUGCAGUAGCGGCACCUUCAACUACCAAAGUGUCUACUACUACGGAUUUCUUGUUAAUUAAUAAGGGUGCCUCGAGGAAACAAACCAAGCGAGAGCGUAAAUCUCUACUCAAGGCAAAGAUGGCUCAGGAACUCAUCGCAAUCAGCAAUCUCAAUGUUGCCAGUUCAGCUGCCCAAUCUGCUUCUGGAAGUGACCUUUUGAAAUUUCUUCUCAGCUGAUCCGAAUUUUUGUUGGAUCUUGGGACAGCUGAACUUUGAAGAUUCCGUUUGAGGCCCACCUCUGUUCUACCAGAAACAGAUGUACGCAUCCCUGUAAAUACAUGUCAUCAAGCAUUUUUGUUUCUACUCGUUGUUUAAGAUCGGAGCAAUAUCUUAAGCAAUUACCAUGAUCUCCUCGCAUUUUGCAAGUCGAAAUAUACAGAGUCAUAUCCACUUACCGAAAAACGUGUUUUAUGACGAG